GGUUUCCCAAUCAGAAGCAUCACACGGCCAAGAUGAAAACAAAAGAAAGGGCCAUCGUUUCCCUGCUGUGUGCGCUUACUCUCUGUGUGUCUUGGAAUGCAUUUGUGUCACGCUCCCUGGCUCCAAACCAAAGGCCCUGUGCUUGUGAGCGAUGUUUAUCCGAAGAUGAUCCGUGGUUUAUGAAGCGUUUCAACAAAUCUGUUGAACCAUUUUUGUCGGCCAACUACAACCUCUCAGAUGACGAUUUCAACUGGUGGAAGGGUUUAUGGGGUGAAAAGACCAGCUUCACAACCUUCAGAAAAAUAUUGGACAAGGUGUUUCUGAUGAUCCCACACAGUCCACAUGUUCUAGAGUCCAGCCCUGACCGCUGCAGGACUUGUGCUGUGGUCGGGAAUUCUGGUAAUUUGAGGAACUCACAUUAUGGACCUCUCAUAGAUUUCCAUGACAUCAUUAUAAGAAUAAAUGCGGGUGCCAUCAAAGGCUUUGAAGCAGAUGUUGGGACCAGAACAACCCAUCGGAUCAUGUAUCCAGAGAGCUCUGUGGAUUUGAGUGACACCACUCACCUUGUGCUGGCUCCAUUCAAGUCGAUUGACUUUGAGUGGCUCUUGGAUGCCCUCAAUGCAGGAUAUAAUAAAAGGCCAGAAUGGGAAGUAAUUAGAAAGAUCACAGCGAACAAGGAUUUAGUGAUGAUCCUUAAUCCAGUUUUCAUGAGGUAUGUUCAUGACAUGUGGCUGGAUAAAGAGGGCUUUUACCCCUCCACGGGCUUUCUGGCUUUGGUUCUUGCCCUGCAUAUGUGUGACGAGGUCAGUGUGUUUGGCUACGGAGCAGACAGCGACGGAAACUGGAGUCAUUACUGGGAAGAACUCGUGGACAAACUGGUAAAAACUGGAGGACAUCCUGGUAACACAGAGUAUAAAAUGAUCCAGAAGCUACAUGAGCAACAGAAACUCAAGUUUCAUAAAGGGUUCUGAGCUUUCUCUCAGCAUUUAAAGGAAGGUCAGUGGUAGGUGACAGUAGAAGAACAUGAAGGGCUGCCUGAGCUGCAGGUUCUCCAUCUCGGUGUUUCCGCACGUGUACGUAAAUGUCCUGAGUUUAAAAGGCAAAUGCCACUUUUAUUUCCAUGCAUUACUGACAAGUAGAGACACUAUGUGUUUAUACACAUUUAUAUACUCUAUAAAGCCAACUAUAGAAUGCCUAAGUUAGGAAAUCUUUGUGAAAAAUAGAUGUACCAGAUCUGUGUCAAGACAUCGUUUUGUGAAUAGGAAAGGUUAGGGUAAUGACAAAGUAUAUGUACCUAAUUUAAUAUAUAUACUGAUGUGAUGACUGAACAAAAACACUUUUUUAUGUGUAUGUACUCCUGUUUUUUAUUUAUUGUAUCAUUCUGCAUGGGUUACUUGUUGCCAAACUCGGUUCAAUGUGAAGUUCUUGAAUUGACCUGUGUUGAAGUUAGCUAAGCCAAUGAAAUUCCCUUAAACUAACCGGAAAACUUUCCAUUAAAACUAUAAAUGUGUGUCCCAAAUAUUUAGCUCCAUAAGACACAUGAAAUGCGUCGCAGGACAUUCUCGCCGAUUAUUUAUUAAUGUCUA